CACUGAUAGCCUGGCAAACAAUUUCUUGGUACUUUAAACUCAUCUGUAUGGGUAAUUUUUAAACCCGUUGGGUCAAAAUUUUGACCCAACAUGCUCGGUCAAAUCCUCAACCCAAUGCGCUGGGUUAGCUAACACACCUAUUUUGGGUUACAUUUAACCCAUAAGCUUUCAAGUGAAUUAAACACGACAUAGGCGACUCUGCUAUUAAGUGAACAAUUUGAAUUUAAGCUGUGGAUAUAGGUCAGUGCUUUUGAUUAAUUUACACCAGAAGAGAAAGCCUUGCUGUUCCUGCCAUAUAAGACAAUUGGCCAAAUAUGACCCACUUUAAACAUUCUUCCAUGUUUUGAUGGUUUACCUCAACUUCGUAACCAGAUGACAUGAAGCUCAACAGCUGUCAUCACACAAUGAGGCUCCCUUGGGUAAAAACUGUUCUAAAGGCUGAUUGGUGCAGAGGUGACUCCUGCUCGUCCAUAAAAGUCCUAAAGGUCUGAUUCAUCAUCAAUCCAUCCUUCCGAGACAUUCGUCAGCGGCCGUUUUGCAACCAUGGACACUGAGGAGUUGGUUGAAUCCAUUAUCCGAGCGCUCAUGUUCCUGGCGGGGAUCGUCGGGAAUAACUGGUUGGCCAUCAGCGCCAUCCCUUCCAAAUCUGGCAUCUGCACCAACGACGUGCUCUUCAUCAACUUGGCAGUUUCCAACCUCAUCACCAACUACCUGGUGGACCUCCCCGACACCAUCGCCGACUUCGCCGGCCGCUGGUUCAUGGGGGAGACUUUCUGCGGCGUCUUCCGCUUCUGCGCUGACCUGUCGGAGACCAGCAGCAUCUUCACCACCUUCUUCAUUAGCGCCUUUUGGCACCAGAAGCUGGUGGGCUCCCUGAAACGGGGCGGCGCCCCCGUCAAGCUGGACAACGUGGGCCUCGUGCUGGGCCUGCUGGCCGGCAGCUGGGCCACGGCUUUGGCCUUCAGCGUGCCGCACUUUUUCUUUGUGCGCGUGAGGGUGACCAACGAAAGCGAGGAGGACUGCGUGGACGUCUUUCCGGAUGACUUCUCCAGACAGACCUACGAGGUCUUCUACCUGACGCUGGCUAACGCCCUUCCUCUCGCCGGCUUGCUGUUCGCCAGCGGUCAGAUCGUGGUGACGUUAAUGAAGAACCAGCAGCGGAUCCGGAAUCGAAACGCUGAACUUGAUAAGGAUGAAGCUCUUGAAGGAGCCGCCAGGACGGCUUCCAGGCUGAGCGCCACCUCAUCGAACCACGUCUACAUGGGCAUGCCCGCCUCCGUUUCCUGUCCAGAUACUCGAAGCGCCUGCGGAGCUCCACCCAAACUGUCCAAGGUGAACUUGGGGAAGACCAACACCAGCUCCCAAGUGCGUGCGGCCAAGAGCGUGGUGGCGGUUGCCAGCGUAUUCCUGGUGUGCUGGCUGACUCAUCUGCUGCUCCGCAUCACCAACAACUUCCACACCUCCUUACUGAUGGUGGAGGUGGCCAGCUACAUUGCAGCCUCCUACACCUGCAUCAUCCCCUACAUUUUCCUGCACGGAGUCAAAAAGCUUACAUGCUCAUGUAAAAGAUAG